CAUUUUUGAAAACUACAUAUUUAACGAAGGUGUUGCUUGGCCUUGGUCUAGAAACAGGUUUUCGAGCCAGCCAUGGAUUUAACAUUCAAACCUCAGAACGUUGACCUGUUGAGCACUACCGAUGACAUGCCGUGUCUAUAUGAAGGAAGGCUUAUACCCGUGAUUAUAUUUGAUAUUACAUAUGAUUAAGAGGGAUACUAGGAACUUUCAAAGCAAUUAAAGGAUAUUGGCCUACACUAUCUGGAUCCUCACUGAUUAAUGCUUUGGAUAUUGUCCUCUUCAACGCAAUGACACGGUUUAACGAAAAACACGAUACGACAUUAAACCCGAAUUGAAACACGGAAAAACGGGAAAACGGACUCAACGCUCCCAAUACAUCUAAUGGAACUGGGAUCUCUCUGAUAUUCCAAGCCAGGCAAAAUGUCUCUGUUUAAAAGAACCAGGAAGGCCUCUGAUACAGUACCAAUCGAUCCGGCAUCGACUGAUAGCCAACCGGGCCUUUUACAACGUAUCCGCAAUGGACUGCCACGCCUCACCACAAUCGUUACCAGACUAAAAGACAUUCAGAGAAGCAAAGGACUGGUUGCUUUCUGCUUUUUCCUGGCGGUGUACACAGACUGUUCGACUAUCAACCUCGUCCAAUCCUUGGCCCCAGCCGUACUAAAGAAGUUCUACUACACAAGAGAUUGCAAUUGCUCAGGAAGUUUCAAGAACUACAACAGCGGCACGGCGGUACAUACUCCAGUCAUUCCGCCAAACAAUCACCCCGCAAAACAUUUGAUCGGGGGCAAGGAAUAUCCUGCGUACUUCUGCCAAGAAAGAACACGAUAUGACUGCAUCACGGAGCCUGAGAUUAUGACACGAAAUGCUAUGAUGGUUGGGGCACUAGCUUCAAUUGGUCCUCUAGUGGAACUGGUACUUACACCUUUGGUGAAAUUCCUCUGUUUAAAAUUCGGCUACCAAUUUUUCCUACUCGGUGCUGGCAUUCUCCAAUUUGGCGGGAGCUGGCUUUUCAUGUUUGCAAAGGAGCAUAGCCAUCUGAUGAUAGCCAGGGGUGGAUUUCAAGGGACUGUGUCGACUAUUGUAUGCAUUGCGGGGCCCCUCAUGGUCGCUGAGACAUUUGGAGAGAGUGGGAAGAUGAAAGUACUAGGUCUUGUGUACGCAAUGGCGCAUCCACUGUCGGCGAUGACGAUCAGCCCUCCGGGGAACGGUGGUUUCCAGCUCGUGGGACCGUACAUACCCUUCGGGAUUGCAGCAGCAUUAGGCUUCGUCAGUCUACUUAUAAUUCUAACCGUUUUGACGGGGGAGAGAUUCAAAGGUCAUGGAGAUCAAGAACAUUACGAGGAGUUACAUGAUGAAGUACUUGACUGUGUUAGCGCCUUUUGGAAAUAUCAUGACCACAAAGGCAAAUCUCAUGGGCGGUCAUCAUCGAUUGAGGUUCAACAGGAAGCACUCCAUGAGAUAGGGGAUGAAAGUUCCUCAAACGGUAACAGUGAUGAUGAAACUUCGUAUCAGACAAAGCGAGGAAAACACGCAUUGGCGAAAGAUAGCUAUGCCGUGGCGAAAGCUACCAAUAAUACCACACCAAAACAGGCCAAGGGUAGCACUGAGGCGUUGACUUCAUUCCAUCACACGAAAUCAUAUGGAACCUACGAAGAAAAUAAAAGUGACAUUACCGAUGGUCAUCACAGCAAGAUACCCAACUCGAAUGAGAUUGUUGUGCCCAUAAAUGACAAGUCCAAGAAAGUCACAGCAGGAAAGUGGUGUGGUAACUGGGUCAUUCUAUCGGACAAGUACGUCCUGGUUGUAUUAGUAACGUCCUUCUUCGAGUGCGUCGCGGUGAGCUGCAUUGCUGCAACUUCGCCAAACUGGCUAAUCAACGUUGCUCUUGCCGAGCAGUACCAAGUAGGCGUGGUCUUCGGACUAUGCGGGGUCGUCCAGUUAAUUCUGAAUCUAACGGUUGGCAUGAUAGUGACCAAGGGUCGGUUAUGGUUUGUACUCUUCGCCUGUAUUCCUCUGCUCGCCGCAGCUCUGUUCAUCUAUCCCAAUUUGUCGUCAGUGUGGUGGGCUCUAAUCCCCGAGAUGUUUUACAGGUCAGCUGCAGGUAUCAUUUUCGGGAUAACUUCGAAAAUGCUGUCGAUACACUUAUCGAAAGAAUAUCGGGCCGAGAGUAAUGUGGUGGGUAUGGCGUGUUUUGCUGCUGUUACCACGUCUGGGUAUGCAUGCGGAGCCCUUACUGGUGGCAUCCUAAUAUUCUACGACGUGACGUUGAUCAACAUCUAUCUUCCACUUGGAGUAUUUAUGAUAGGGUGCACCGUAGGGCCCUAUUACAUGGUGGAAUACAACGUGUAAUCCAACGAUAGUUUUGUAUGUACAUGUAUGACCACAUAGGAAUAAAUAUAUUCUUGCCAUACUACGCAUUUCUUCCGACGUCAUGUUUGUAAAAGGAUGUUGUCUGCUAGCGUUAUAAAACGUGCAUACUGAGGCGGAUUUUAUGAACCAUCCCAUUGGCAGGCAAAGACUUACGCUUUCUGUGUUUUGCCAAGCUGGAAACCACUAUUCAUGGUAUAACAAUGAAAAACUUUAAUUAAAGCCACAAGCCAUGGGGAAUAAGAAAGAUAUCGCUCGAUUGCGGGUAAAAUUGGUAAUCGCUGGGUAUAACUAUUCA